CACAGUAGUAAAAUAAAUUCAAACCAAAGUGCAAGAGUACGAAAUAUACGAUUUAUUAAAAAAAAACUAGUAAUAUUGAUAUUUUCAAGUUGUGAGUAAUUGUGAGUAAUCCGGAAAAGUUUUUGAGAGUAAAUUGGUAAAGACCGGUUGGCAACCCUGGGUGUGAACGCGCGCAUUUCUAGACCCGUCAACUACAACAUAACCAAUUUGGUGUUUUCUUUCAGUUAUAUCGUACUUCUUCUGUGCGUAGUUUGGUUUGUAGUUAUUAAGUUUAUUUUUGCGUCGUUUUGAAAACAAUGAAGAAUAGGAGUUCAAAGGAAAUACGAGGAAAAUCUCAAAGAACUUCAAAACUUAGAGGAAACCACAAAAUAUUGUAUGGUUUACUAAUCUUUGAAGGUUCUAAUGAGGCAUACAUUAAAAGAAUGGAAGAGGUAAAAAUGGAAGGCAAUUUAAAAUUAUUAAAGUGGAAUGGAGCUUCCUACCAAGUCCAGAUAUUAGCAGUCCAUACAAAUAAAUAUCUUCUCGAAAAUUUAGCUUUCAAUUUAAAUUGUGGGAGGCCGAAAGUAUCACUGCAAUGUUUGAAGGAAUGUAGCACUGGUAAUGAAUUCGACCAUACAGAAAUAUUACAAAGUGUCCAAGUCAUUGCGGAAAACUCUCUGUCAAUUAAAACAGCAGAAAUCCCACCGCUACUUGACAAAUCAGAAAUCUCUCAGCCUGAACAACUAGAAAACCCUCCUCUAGUUCAAAAACCAGGUAACCUCCACUUACAAACAAUUUCUGAAAGUCCUCAAUCCAGCAAUAUAGAAGAAAUCCCCCAGAUGUCUCUACAACCACAAAGCACUCAACUUGCAGAAAUAGCAGGCACUACAAUGAGCCAAGACUAUUUUAUUUUGAAUAUUUCCAAUUCCAUCCCAACAGUAAAUGUCUCAUCAACUUCAAAUUAUUGCAAUAACUUUGCCGAAUCAUGCAAGCCAGUAGGUAAUGAAGGGACGACAGUUAUUGACAAAGAAACAAAUCUCCAAGAACUUACAGACCGGCAAGCUGUAGGUGAAGGAGACGAUUAUCUGAUCUUUGAUAUUUCCGGUUUUGUUCCAUCAACUUCAAUCAAGGAAUCAUGCACGGCCAUACGCAAUGAAGAAAGAGAAAUGUCUAAUAAACCAUCUACAAGUGAUGGUAAUAGCAGUUCUGAUAAUUAUUUUGACAAUGAUUUAUACCUUGAUGAUAGUUGCGUUGAAAAUGAUGUCGACCUUAAUGACUUGCUUAGUGAACAAAUACCUGUUGAAGAAUUUGAAACUAAUCCAAAUGCUUUGGUGAAAAAGGAUGUUGCAGUUUCUGAAUUUGAUCUUAGGGACAAAGAUGAUUCUAUAGAUGAUCCUACCCAUAUACCUGCCAAUACUGAAAGAGCCAGUGCUACAAAACUAAAUCAAAAUGUUGCAGUUUCUGAAUUUGAUCUUAGUGACAAAGAUGAUUCUAUAGAUGAUCCUACCUAUAUACCUGAGGAUACUGAAAGAGCCAGUGCUACAAAAAUAAAUCAAAAUUUGAAGAUGGACAAUUUAAAACCAAUUACCUUAAACUAUAGAGAGCUAAAUAUUAUUGAGACAAAAUCGAAGAAGCACUUUUGUAAGUUUUGUUUGAAACUGCAAACAAAAUUUGCACGCCACAUGGAACUAAAACACUUAGAUGAAGAUGAAGUUAAAUACAUUUUUAGCCUUCCAAAGAAAGAUACUACUAGACUUAAACUCAUCAGUAAAAUUAGAGUAGAAGGUGACUUUAUGUAUAAUACCCAAGCAGAAUACAAUACUGCUAAUGACUUAAUCGUCGUUAGACGCCCUUCUUCAAAUAAACAAAGAACUGGAUAUCAUUUUAAGCCGUGUUCCGAUUGUGGAGGAAUGUAUUCCCAUUUGUCUCUAAUAUCACAUUUUAGGCGGUGUAAAUUGAAUAGGUUAAAAGGAAAUAAAGAUGUCUCAGUGUCAAGUAGACAAAAAAGUUUAUUUGUUUCUGUAGUCGCCAGUGAUAUCCUCAGAUACAAAAUACUUCCAGUCCUACGUGAUGAUCAAGUAGCCCAAACUAUUAUAUCAGAUGAUGGAAUACUUCUAUUUGGAAAUCGCUUAGCCCAGAAAUAUAGGUCACCUCAUUUGUACAAAAUGAUCCGAACAAGAUUAAGGUGUGUGGCAACUUUUUUUUUGAAAUUUAAAGAAGUUUCAAGCUUACCUGAAAUAAAAUUUGAACAUGUAUUUGAUCCUGUCCACUACGAUAAUGUUAUGCUCAGUAUAAAUCAGAUGUGCUCCUUAAAUCGAGAAACAGGUAAAUAUAAGAAUCCAGCAACGGCUUAUGCCAUAGGCUCCUAUUUAAAGAAGAUGUCAUUUUAUUUGAUAUCGGAAUACAUAAAAAAGAAAGCGAAAUCCAGACAAGAAGAUGUAAAAGAUUUUCUACAGCUUUUGCAAGAUGGUCUAACACAUGAUGUUUUUAAAACGGUUCAAGAAAAUCAACUGGAACAGAAAAGGAAGAAAAAAGUAAUAUUACCAUCAUCCCAAGACAUUCAGAAGCUAAGACUAUUUCUGGAAGAUCGUAGAGACAUGUUAAUGAAAAAGUUGCAUGAAAGUUUUACUUACAAUUCGUGGAAAGAAUUGCUUAGUACAGUUUUAAUUUCUUUACAGCUCUUCAAUCGCCGAAGGGCUGGAGAAAUGGAAAGAGUAGAAAUCAAUGAUUUUUUACAAUACGAGGAGUUGAAAGAAAACGACGAGCUGUUGAAAAACCUCGACUCUAUUGAAAAAAAGAAAACAAAAAAUUAUGUACGUUUUCUAAUAAAGGGGAAACUUAUGAGGGGAGUACCGGUAAUGGUAAAUAAAGCAAAUUUUAUUGCUCUUAAACUAAUACUUGAGCAUAGGAAGAGGGCAAAUGUGGAUUGCAAGAAUAAAUAUCUGUUUGGUAUACAAGGCAGUUCUAGUAGCCAUCUUUCAGCAACUAAAUUAUUGAACACAUAUUCGAAAUUAUGUGGUGCUAAGAGACCUGAGACUUUAAGGGGCACAGAAUUGAGGAAACAUAUUGCCACAAAAUGUGGUACAAUGAAUCUGGGCAAGACGGAAAUAAAAGAUGUGGCCGACUACCUAGGACAUCAUGAAAAAAUCCAUUAUGAUUACUAUAGACUUCCAAAUGCAACUAAAGAUAUUGUAAGAAUGUCAAAUAUUCUUGAAAAAGCCCAAGAAAACAAUAGUAUGGAAGACACUGAUAAUACUCGCAGUGGCAUAGAUUUCCAGUAUGAUGAUAAUGGUGACGCAGAUGACAUUACUUUCCAAAUUGAUAAUUAUGGUGACACAUUGAAGGAUUCUCAUCAACACGAAGAAAGUACAGAUAAUGGGAUUAUCCAGAAUCCAUGUAAGGGUGACACCGAAAGGGACUCUAGUAUACGAUCAGAGAAACGAAACAGUCACAGAUUGUCUUGGACAAAAGAAGAGCGAGAACUUGUAUCCAAAGAAUUCGAUUUUUAUAUUAAAAAUUGUGAAAUGCCGUCUAAUCCUGAAUGCAGUGCGUUUGUAGAACAAAAUGAAUUAAACAGAUCCGUUGGCCAGUUGAGGGGUUUCAUUUCGAAUCAAAUACAAAAAAGAAAAGCUGACAUUUUCAGCCGUUCCGGGCAGGCACCAAAUAAAGUUAAGAGACAGCGAUGGACUGACGAAGAAAAAAAGAAAGCCUUCAACAUUUUUAGUAAUGAAUUGGAAGAAAAGAAACUUCCUUCAUUAGCCUUUUGCAAGGAGGUAAUUCAGGAGAAUCAAGUUUUUAAAGGAAGAACUCCUGAAAUGGUAAAAGCGUUUAUUUAUAAUACCAUCAAGAAAUCUUAAGCGCUCGACACUCCGUAGUAUUACCAGUAAUUCCAGUCUUGAUGAAUGUUUCUCAAUGGCCCAGCUGUUUGUCAAGGUUGUAAUUUUGUCGGCUAUUGCAAGUCCGGUAUGACUUACUGGAAAUGUAUCACAACACAAAAUAACAUUGUAGAAGUAGAUGCAAAUGCAGAGCUGUCUUUCUCUACGGAAAAAUUCAAUAAAGUAGAACUUUUUAUGGUAAUUUUCUAAAUCUUAUUUUUUUAAAUAUUCUAAAAGGAAAAUUUUUAGUUUCAUUUCCAAAUACCUACAUGAAAUACCUAAAUGUA